AUGGAUCAAACACUUUCAAAGUUGGUAGAAGAGCUCACGACUUCAGGAGAACCCCAACUGAGUCCUGAGAAAAUGAAGGAACUGAAGAAAAUUUGCAAGUCUUCGGAGGAGCAGCUCCGCCGCGCCUACCACCUGCUCAUGGCCCAGCUGAGCCGAGAGCACGCCGAGGUCCGCCUCUCCGCCUUCCAGGUCAUAGAUCAGCUCUUCGCCCGGUCUCAUCGGUUCCGGGUGCUGGUCGUCUCCAACUUCCAGGAGUUUCUGGAGCUCACCCUGGGCACCGACCACGAGCAGCCCCUGCCGCCCCCCAGGGAGGCGGCCCAGAGGCUGAGGCAGGCGGCCGCCAGGGCUGUCCAAGGAUGGCACGGGAAGUACGGCGCCGCCUACAAGAAGCUCGCCUUGGGCUACCACUUCCUGAGACACAGCAAACAGGUGGAUUUUGAGGAUGUGAGCGCACGGACUCUGGCAGAAAGAAAGCGGGAGGAGGAGAAGCAGAAACGCUUGGACAGAAUCUACAGGGAGAGGUGUGAGCGGGCCGUCAGGGACAUGGAGGAAACGUCUGAGGAGAUCCGGUGCUGCCUCACGGAGGUGGAGAGCUGCUUCAGGCUGCUGGUGCCGCUGGACUUGGCCGAAGGCCCGGGAGCCGCCUUGCCCACCGUGGCCUUCGGUGCAUCUGAAGGGGGCGCCCCUUGCCUGGCCGGUGCCUUGAGGCCUGGGGACGAGGAGCCCUGUUGCAGCAAGAGCCUGCUCGCCUGUGCCCGCCCUCCGUCUCCCCUUCCCUGGACCGCAGGGGACUCAGGGGAGGAGGACGAGGAGGACGAGGACCGGCAUGAGGACAGCGACGGUGACAAGGAAGGGUUUGUGCGGCGCCACGGACUGGGCUCCCACAAGUACACGCUAGAUGUGGAGCUCUCCUCAGAUGGCCUGAGGGUGCACGAGGACGAGGACAACCACGCCGUCAUCCAGUCUGCCCGGGACGCGCUCAAGCUUAUCCGAAACAAGUUCCUGCCGGCCGUGCGCUCCUGGGUACAGCUGUUCACCCGCGCGGGGAUUCGUGGCGGGCACUUGGAAGCCGCCAUCAACCUGAAGGCGGAACUGGAAACUGCCCUGAGGAGAUCUGGGGAGCUGGACAUCGAACCUGAGGAGGGACGCAGGGGGGAGACGGGCCCAGCGGUCGGGGACGAGGAUGAGGACGAGGACGACGACUUCAUAGAGGUCCCAGAGAAGGAGGGCUAUGAGGCUUGCGUCCCCGAGCACCUGCAGCCCGAGUGUGGGCUGGAGAGGGACCCGGCGGCACGGGGCUCGUGGGCCCGGAAGAGGAUGAGGAGGGAUGAGGAGGCGCAGGACCCCACCUGUGCUGCCGCCCAGCUGCACGCACUGCACGGACGCUUGCCCCCGCCCCCGAGCCCCAGGGCACCUGUGGGACCAGAGGAGGCUGGGAAGCUGGCCGCAGAGAGGGCCCGGGCGCCUGUCGUGCCCUUUGGGGUGGAUCUGUGCUACUGGGGCCAGGAGCAGCCGCCGGCCGGGAAGAUCUUCAAGUGUCCCUCUGAGCACCGCUUCUGGAAGCCCAGUGAAGCGCACGUGGAAGUGGACAACGCCAACGUCUCAGAGAUGCUCCGGAGCCGCUACAUCACCUUCGCGGGGAAGUUUGAGCCCGUGCGGCACCGCUGCCGCGCCCCGAGGCCCGACGGCCGGCUCUGCGAGCGCCAGGACCGGCUGAAGUGUCCUUUCCACGGGAAGAUCGUCCCGAGAGAUGACGCGGGGCGGCCCCUCCGCCCGGAGGACCGGGCCUGGGAGCAGAGGCGGCUGCAGCAGCAGCAGCAGCAGGCGGGACGCCCGGAGUGGCAGGACCCCGAGUUUAUGAGAGACGUGGAGGCCGCCACAGGAGUAGACCUUGGCUCGUCUGGGUCCAGCGGGAGAGGCAGAGGAAAGAGGAGGAGACGCAGUGGCCUCACCGACCUGAAGCAGCAGGCCGACACUGCCCGUGCGCGCAUCGCGAAGAAGGUGUUUGCUAAGGCAGCCGUGCAGAGGGUCGUCACGGCCAUGAACCAGAUGGACCGCAAGAAACACGAGAAGUUUGCAAACCAGUUUAACUAUGCGCUGAAUUAG